GGACGCGCACUGGCACGUCGGAAGUUGUGGCAAUCGGCUCGAGAGCACGUGAUUCGUCGACGAGAGUUGAUUUUGAGAGUUCGAAUAUAAAUUUUUCGAAAACGAAAUUUUUGAUUUUCUAUUUUCCAAGUAGUUCCCAAUGUGACAGAUUACGCGAAGAAACGAAACAAACAAUUGUAUAUAGUAUAUAAGAUGUCGGUGGAUGAGGAUUUAUUUUUGAACGGCACCGGGAAAACGAAAAGCAUUUAUCAACAAUCCUCCACUGGGGAAAAACACGUCCUUUUUUAUCCAACGAGUUCUUUACCGGCGGCUAUCGACGUUGAAGACCACAAAGGCACUGCGAAGAAGCUACAAAAACAGAAUUCCAGUCAUCAGAUUAAUCGAAACUCCUACAAUAGUAUUUCCGGGAUGAAGAAAAGUGAAGGAAGUAGCAAUAGCACAGCCGCCUGUGAUACUCAGGACUCGAGGGGCCAAAGCCGACCUGAUCCCGAUACUUUAGACCCCAAAUAUAACUUUAGAAUUGGAAUAUAUGGAUGGAGGAAAAAGUGCUUGUACAUUCUCAUUUUAGUGUUGCUUAUUAUGGUCGUCGUGAAUCUGGCGUUAACUUUAUGGGUGCUUAAAGUUAUGGAAUUUUCAUCUGAGGGUAUGGGUCAGCUGAAAAUCGUUGCAGGUGGACUGAAAUUGGAAGGAAAAACUUUCGUACUAGAUAGUUUAAUAGCCAGUAGCAUUAAAUCUAGAAGUUAUCAGCCCAUAGUGUUAGAGUCAACAAAGAAUCUCACGCUUAGAGCGAGGCAUAAAAAUGGUUACAUUGAUAGUUCAGUGGUUAUAGGAAAUGAGAAAUUAGAGUGCCUAACAAAUAAUUUUAAAAUAACGGAUGAUCGAGGAUCGCUGCUGUUUUCUGCAGAUAGAAACGAAGUGAUAGUCGGUUCUGAAAUACUUCGAGUGAUAGGCGAUGGAGGUACUAGCUUCAGCGGAUCGUUACAAACCACAUUGGUACGAGCCGAGGCCGGUCACGAAUUAAGACUAGAAUCACCCACAAGAUCCUUAGAGAUAAAGGCUGCAAAGGGCAUCCACAUGGAGUCGCGAGGAGGCCGAAUACGAGCUAUAUCGUUGAACGAUCUCACGCUACAUUCUGAGGUAGGAGCCAUCAAAUUGGAGACAAGUUCCAUUCUGAUGCCGCUAAUACCGACUGCCAAGGUAACGCCUAGGGCCUCCACUAGCAGUACUUACGAUAUUUAUCAAUUAUGCGUUUGCGAAAGUGGUAAAUUAUUUCUCGCUUCCCCGCAUCUGGUGUGCGCUUCUGAAAACGAUGAUAGAUUAUGUCGAUAAUAUUAGCGAAUAGAAAGGUUUUAUGUGUACCGAUCGAAAACGACUUUUCAUUAAUUUUGUAUUAAACCUAUGAUAUCUAAACACCUAAAAACUGCGUUUGAUGUUCAUUUAUUGGAACUAUAGGUAAUACGUAUGGACCAUCCGUAAUAAGCCGUGACAUUUGUUGAGUACACAUGAAAUUCAUAUCCAUCGUAGCCAAUUUGUUUUUUAUGUCAUAUAUUUUAUAUGAGUUUUAUUAAACGCCGUGUAAUAUACGUACGUAUCCUUUUGUACAUAUGUUUAUAUUUCAUUUCAAGCUGAAAAAUAUUUUGAAAAAUAAAACUG